CACACACACCAGAAAUGGAAAAAAUUCGUGAAAAAAUUCGUUACCUGAAGAACAAAUUAACCAAACGAAAACGUGUACGUGCAACAUUAGAAUCAUGUACAUCGGAUUCAUCAUCAUCGGAUUCACCUUCACCGCGAAAACGAGUACGUCGCGUGAUUUCCAGUGAAUCCUCGAAUGGUGAACAAGUCGACGAAACAGAUAACGUUGCUGAAAUUCAUUCGGAAAACAAGGACGAUGACGAUAUAUUCUCGGUUUUCGGCGAAGAUCCAACUCUGAGCAAAGAUUUUGGAGAAGAAAUACAUUCUCACUUAGCAGUUCGUUGGAAUAAUAUUUUACAGAAAGGAAUUAAAAAAGAAAAUCGUUCUGACUUAAUAAAACAAUAUUUGCCACCUUCCAACUGUACUUUCUUGCUUCCUCCAAAACUGAACGAUGAAAUAAAAGCUGCUGUUCAAGAAACCGCCGUGAAAAGAGAUUCUAAACUAGAACAAAAACAGGCUCAACUUGGAGCUGGCAUUACUUGCAUUGGUAAAGCUAUUGACGUAGCUCUUAAAAUACCCGACAAACAAUUGCGGGAAAAAAUAAUUAAAUAUAUGGGUGAUGGCGGACAAAUAUUAACGGAUCUUCACUAUUUAGAGUCGUUGACCAGAAGAUCACUUUUAGGACAAGGGUUAAAUAAAAAUACUAAAGAUGCCAUAAAAGACAUACCUCGAGAUAAUUUUUUAUUCGGCGAAGUGUUACCCGACAAAUUAAAAGCUGUUAAGGCGUGUUCAAAGUCAGCUACUGACAUUAAAGUUAAGCCACAAAAAGCUUCGUCUUCACAUCAGAGACCGAACAGUAAGGCGUCUAAUAAUUCAUAUACCGCCCCAGCGACUUUAAACUGGAGGGGCUCGUCUCACCGGCCACUGAACACCAUGACGGCAGGCGCGUAUCGCGAGCGCCGUCCUGCAGCGCCAACGUCCUCAGCAGCCCCGCGUCGGGCGCAGACGAGCCAGCGCCCUCAACAAGCCAAGCGGUCUUAGAGGACGACCAGAGAACGGCACCCACAAUACAAAACGCUGUCUUUGAUGGCAGGAGUUUUGUGCGGGCAGCGUUACUGAGAAGAGGAG